UACUGCACUAAUGUGGAAGAAGAUGCAAUAUAAACAUCUUGACAGUAAGCAGAAGGUGUGUGCAAGCGGGAGUUCCAUAUUAUUCAAGAAAGGCAAAUGAAACAUUUCUUUUAUGAUGCAUACUUAGAGGGUCAACGCAAGUGUGUACGCAGGAGUAUGUGAACUCUUAGCCCUGCUCUUAUUCAGUCAGUUCUUCUCAUCGCCGCAUGAGGCUGCGCGCUGCUGUCAGACGCGCGCGCUGGAGACAGAAGAGACUCUCAUCACGCGCGGCGCGGAGAAGAGAGGAGAGGAGAGGAGAGCAGGCAUCGCAUCGCAUCGCGCCUGUCCCCAGCGCUCACACCGCGCCGCAUUGAGGAUCGUACCCUAAUAGAGGAGCAGCACGAAUUACGCGGAACACAGUGCGUAAAAUCCACAGCCGAGGCUUCAAUGUGACUGCGCUUCAGCAGGGGUUAAAUGCUGAAGCCAGCCACCCAACCUAUGACCCCUGGCUGGCAGUUGUAAAGCAGAGGCCCCGGCCCCCGGUGAAGGCCCCGAGGAGCUCGUGGACAGCUGUCAGCUGGAAGGCCAUGAUCACCGGUGAUCUGAUGCUGAGGUCGACAUGAACUCACCCAUGUCAAACUCUUAACCCUGCAGGACAUGAAGUACCGUGACACAUGGACCUAGAUUGGGAUAAUAAUGCCUCUGAUUUUGAGUAACUUCUUGCAUCUAUGAAAUUUGAGGAUUGCUUUUUUGUCUUUGGGAUGUGAAGCAUACAAAUGGAAAUGAAAUGGAAAAUGGUUGGAAUACAUCCUUUUUGUUAAAGCAGUUAACAUGGAGUGUCAUAAAUUUUCAGACACACAAUGGGAUUGCCAAGAUUGAACCAUAAAACGCCAUUUUUUUUAAACAUGUUUGUAGUUUCGUCCAGUAGCUGUUCAACUUAAAACUCAACUCGAGCACAGAUAGGACUUCAGUGGCUUUGUGAUUGGAACCUGUCAUUGAGAAACCUAACACUGAUAUCAAAACGGAGGAGUUAUAGCUGUGUGCCACCGAGACAGCCUCGUCUUCACAAGAAAGAUUCCUCUUAAAUGCCCUCUUGAGGACCCGGUGGCCUCUGCGAUGACCAAAAACCUAUUGGAUUUAUAGUUUCAUUGAACAGCAGCAAACUCUUGUUUACCUUCAUCAACCCCAGAGUCAAGGAGCUUUUCUCAAGCAAUCAGGCGGUUGGGUGGAAAGCUUCAUCUUGAACCAAAUUCUGACUUCUGCCACAUGUAGAGACAAGAGCGUUUUCAAACAUGGCUCCCCACUGGAGAGGAGGAGCUCAGGCUUUGGCAGUUACUCUGGGAAUUCUGCAGUGCUGCGGAUGGCUGUCCGCUCAGACCGUAAGGACUAGUGUCGGGAUGAUGGGAAGAGGUCCCGAGCAAUGGCCGAUGUCCCAUGAACGGGUGAAGAGGGGAUGGGUGUGGAAUCAGUUCUUUGUCGUGGAGGAAUACACCGGGACGGAGCCACUUUACGUUGGAAAGAUCCAUUCAGACUCCGAUGAAGGUGACGGCUCUAUAAAGUACACUAUCUCUGGAGAGGGAGCAGGGACUGUCUUCAUCAUAGACGAGGUCACGGGCGACAUCCACGCCACCGAGCGACUGGACCGAGAGGAGAAGACCUUCUACACCUUACGAGCUCAGGCGCUAGACCGCCAGACCGACGCGCCGCUGGAACCCGAGUCUGAGUUCGUCAUCAAAGUCCAGGACAUCAACGACAGCGAGCCCAAGUUUCUAGAAGGUCCCUACAUCGGGAGUGUGGCCGAGCUCUCUCCUAUCGGUACAUCGGUGAUGAAGGUUAUGGCUUCGGACGCUGAUGAUCCGACUUAUGGAAGCAGCGCUCGGAUAGUUUACAGCGUUCUGGAAGGAGAACGGUUCUUUACUGUCGACCGACAAACCGGAGUGAUCCGGACGGCCGUGGCGGAUCUGGAUCGUGAGACGCAGGACCGCUAUGAGCUGGUUGUCAAGGCAACAGAUAUGGCAGGCCAAAUGGGCGGCCUCUCCGGAUCCACCACAGUGACCAUAGUGAUCACGGAUGUUAAUGACAACCCUCCGCGCUUCCCUCAGAAGAUGUAUCAGUUUUCGGUCUCGGAGGGUGCGGCCGUCGGGACGCCGAUCGGGCGGGUGAUCGCGACAGAUGCAGACAUGGGCGAGAAUACGGAUAUGAGUUACCUGAUCAAAGACGAGGAGGGCGGAGAGCUGUUCAGAGUCUCCACUGAUGGAGAUACACAAGAGGCCAUCAUCACCAUCAAAAAGCCUCUUGACUUUGAGAACAAGCGCACUCAUAAUGUGGUUGUCGAGGCUGUGAACAAACACGUGGACCCUCGUUUCGUGGAUCUCGGCUCUUUCCGGGACCAAACCAUCGUGCGGGUCAGUGUGUCGGAUGUGGACGAGCCUCCCAUCUUCAUCCCUUCGACCGGCACCAUCAUGGAGGUUCAGGAGGAUGCUCGCUUGGGUGCACUGGUCGGGAUUGUGACUGCAAAGGACCCGGAUGUGGAUAACGUUCCCAUCAGGUUCUCUAUAGACCAGAGCACAGACCAGGAGCAGAUCUUUAACAUCGAUCCUGUAACAGGCGCCAUCACUCUGGGAAAGAUCCUGGACCGGGAAACUGCCGGCUGGCACAACAUCACCGUUACCGCGGUGGAAGCAGAUAACCAGUCCAUGGCGUGUCAGACGGCGGUGAGCAUCCGCAUCCUGGACGUGAACGACAACCCUCCCGAACUCGCCACUCCUUACGAAGCUUCGAUCUGCGAGGAUGCCAAACCUGGCCAGCUCAUUCACACCAUCAGUGUGGUGGACAGAGACGAACCGCAGUCUGGACAUCGAUUCUAUUUCACACUGGCACCCGAGGCCUCCAACAACCGCCAUUUUACACUAUGGGACAUCAAGGACAACACAGCCGGCAUCAGGACGCAGCGCUCCGGAUUCAACCGUCAGGAGCAGAACGUGUACCUGCUGCCCAUCCUGGUGGUGGACAGCGGCCCUCCGGCCCUCAGCAGCACGGGGACCCUCACCAUCCACGUGUGCGGCUGUGACACGGACGGAGCCAUUCAGUCCUGCAACGCCACGGCCUACGUCAUGUCAGCCGCGCUCAGCCCCGGCGCUCUCAUCGCGCUGCUGGUCUGCAUCCUCAUCCUCAUCGUCCUGGUGCUGCUGAUCCUGACCCUCAAGCGUCACAGGAAGGGCCAGCGCAUGUCCGAAGACGAGGAGGACAUGCGGGACAACGUCAUUAAAUACAACGACGAGGGCGGCGGCGAGCAGGACACCCAGGCGUACGACAUGAGCGCCUUGCGCAGCCUCUACGACUUCCCCGAAGUCAAAAACUCAGACUCGGGCCCCGAGCUGCACCCGGUCCCACAGUGGAUCCAGAACAGAGUGGUUGGAGACGGCGGCCCGGCUGAUUUCACGGUUUUCAAAGGCUAUAUACGCAAGAAAGUGGAGCAGGCGGACGCAGACUUAUCGGUGCCGCCGUACGACUCGUUCCAGACUUACGCUUUCGAGGGCAGCAGCUCGCCGGCUCUCUCGCUAAGCUCCAUCCAUACCCUGUCCACCACCUCGGAGCAGGACUUCUCGUACCUCAGCGACUGGGGGCCGCGCUUCAGGCAGCUGGCUGGAUAUUACGCCCCGGCCCAGCCUGAGGAAGAAGGGUCCUAGCACCAUCCUCUGAUCAACAUCCCGUUCCCAGAGUCGUUUUUUUCUCUCCCUGUAGUUCCGCAUUGACGUUUUUUGGAUCCCAGUCAGUCCGGAGAGUUUUAAUGUCACCCGUUACACUUUGUAAAGUGACUUCUCUUCUUGUAGAAAAGUUCAGGACAAAUAUUGAAGGAGAAAAGCACUAGGUCGUGUGCUGGGCAAACCUCCAACAUCUUCUCACCUGUCAGCGAGAGCAAGAGGAACGGGGCCGUGCCAUAUGCACCACGAAGAACACUCAUUCUUUGCUCUUUUUGUGAUUUCUUUGCCCAUCUGUGGAGAUAAAUGACUUCAAGUCAGUGGGACCCGGACAGAUACAGUGAAAAGAGUUUUUAAGUACCUACAUUAAAAAAAGAAAAAAAAAAAGUAUUUAUUUAAAGAAAAAUGAACAUACAAAAAAAAAAAGUAAAACAAUAUUUAUGUAUUUAUUGCUUUCUAUUUAUUUAUUUAUUCAUCCUGGCAAUGGACUGAAAUACAAAUUCUGACAAUUUUCUGAAGAAUUUGUCAGGGUGACAGACAAGGACUGAAUAUCGUGUGGGUAAAAAAAUUAAAAAACCUGAGUUGGGGUGGGAUUGCUAAAAGGAGUUGGCAAACUAUCAGUGACAGUAAAUCAGUCUUGAAAAUAUUUGUAUUUAUUUUUUAGAAACUCUUUUUGUAAAAUACGAAGUGAUUCUGCUGGAGAAAAGUAACUGCUGUUGAGGUGAAUCUCACAAAAACUUGUCUAGGUCACACUUCACCCACAAAUCAAGAGAAUAAAAUAAGAAAUGGCAUUUUGCUUGGAGAAGAUGCAGUCUAUUUUAAUUGUGUUUAUGACAAAUAAGUUUUAUUUCCCAAAGUUACUUUAAUGCAACUUUUUGUAUUCAUUAUUCCCAAUAAGAUUAUCUGGAAUAUAUAAUAGUUGAAUAUUGGUAAAUCACAGUCAUUUGUAUUGCAUUAAUGAGAAUUUGGUGAAAAUGUGCUUAAUUGUCAUAAUAAUGUAACAAUAGGCUUCAUUUACUUUCUGCAAAAUAUAUUUGUUUUGUUCUUUAGGUUUUGGAGUGAAAUGUGAUUCUUUGACAGGUUUUGUGAGCAUUGGUUUUGUCUUGUCAUACAUUUUGUGUGUUGUGUUGCUUUUUAACUAAUUAUCCAGAUCACUUGUUGUGGAUGUUGCGUUCGCAUUGAAUCGGUUUUCAAGGGAAGUUCUGAAAGACAAGACAACAUGGCACAAUGCACAACAAGAAACAAACGAGACCAUCUGCCAGGUUCUUUAUCCAUUCUUUUUUAGAUAACCCUGAUAUACAUGUUCAUUGAUGAUUUGUGCGUGUUGUUUCCAGAUUGCUUUCCUUUUGGUGAUUUGAUUGUUUUUUGAUCAUUCUGUGUUGGGCUGAGGAUGAUGAACUUGAGACGGGGAGCAGCGGUCCUGUUUUUCCUUGAACCAGCAACCCUUAAAUGUCCACCCAAAAUGCAGAUGUAUGGCUAAAAAUACAAUUGAAUUCAUCAAUAAAUAUUUACGGUUUUACAAGAAUUUUCUUUGGU